GUGCGGCACCCGCUCCAGCUCGUCCUGCCCGCCGACGCGGCGCUGGCAGAGGCGGCGGUACACAGGGAUUUGUUCGGCCUGCGCCGGCCGGCGGUGGUGAAGGGGUGCAAGUGCCACGCGGAGCUUUUCCACGACACGGCGGCGCGCGAUAUUGCCGGCAUCCUCGACGCGUGGAUGCACCGCUUCGAACCGGACGCGUUCAUCGCGAAACGGUACGAGCAGGCGGCGAAGGAGAUGACGCAGCUCAUGUCGACUUCCGCGCAGCCCUCAGCAGAUUCCGAAAGUACAGGGGCCAGCGAGCAGCGCAAAAAAAAGGAAAAAAAGAAGAAGUAG